UGCGGUUCAAUUCUAAUAUUGUAGGUUUCGACGACUACUAUUUAAGCUUGCGGCCAAGAAUUGGCGACGAGUGCGGCGGGCAGGCAGAGAACAAUAUUCCCCAUGAGUCCUCGAAAGGGAGGAUGGUAAACUGCCGGAAUAUCUGGUUCCGAGAGUUCUGGUCGCAGCAUCACAAGUGCACUUUCAGCGUGAACGCGUCGAACGGCGUGACACAUUGCACCGGCGAAGAAAAUCUCGUCGAUUACGAACAGGAGGGCCUGGUGCCUUUUGUCGUGGAUGCAGUUUACGCCAUGGCACACGGUGUUCAUAACGUUAUCGAGGAAGAAUGCGUAAAUAAUUUGGGUACCUCGCAUUAUCUUUGCGAAACGCUUAUACCAGCACCGGACGGUCCACGUCUCCUCCAACACAUUCGCAAUGUCACUUUCAUCGGUCGCCAAAACACGGAGAUUAAAUUUAACUCUGACGGGGACGCCUACGGAUUUUACAACAUCUAUCAAUAUCAAAGGAACAUCGAGGGUCGUUUCGAUUACACUCUCAUCGGCACGUGGAGAGAAGAGCUCUCUCUGGACAUCAAUAUGACACGAUGGGCGACCGGAGUCGGCGAGUUUCACAUUCCACGUAGUAUGUGCAGCGAUAACUGCCCGAUGGGACACAUCCGCAAUUUUGUAGAACCCUGCUGUUGGAGUUGCGUCGCCUGCCGGGAGGACUCCUACGUGUACAACGACACGUGCAAAAACUGUAAUCCCGGGUAUGCGCCGAAUUCCACGAUGACGGGCUGCGUCAAGCUCACCGCCGAGGUCAUACCCUGGACGAGUCCUUGGGCGCUGGUACCGCUGAUAUUCGCGUCCAUCGGUAUCCUCAGCACUCUCUUCACUACCGUCGUCUUCAUACGAUUCAAUCGUACUCCGGUGAUUAUGGCAUCGGGACGUGAGCUAUGUUACGUUCUGUUGGUGGGAAUUCUCUCCUGCUACGGCAUGAGCUUCGUCAUACUGAGCAAGCCGACGAUAUGGAAUUGCACAUACCUCAGGAUCGGUCUCGGUCUCUGUCUCAGUAUAUGCUACAGCGCAAUCCUCACGAAAACCAAUCGAAUAUCGCGGAUAUUCAACCAGGGCACGAAGAAGAUCAAGAGGCUCUCCUACACAUCGCCCAAGAGCCAAGUGGUAAUCGCUAUCGGGAUCACCGCAGUACAACUAAUCGGCGCGAUCGUAUGGCUGAUGAUCGAGCCGCCGGACACCACGGAGAUCCAUCCGUAUCCGCUGUCCGCGGUGCUCACGUGCCGCGUGUCCACGUUCUCCCUGAUGAUGUCCCUCGUCUACAACAUGUUCCUGAUCCUGAUGUGCACCCUGUACGCGUUCAAGACCCGCAAGAUACCGGAGGACUUCAAUGAGGCCAAGUACAUCGGCUUCACCAUGUACUCCACGUGCAUCGUCUGGCUGGCCUUCGUGCCGAUCUACUUCGGCACUAACAACGACUACAAGGUUUGUGCCACAGAUCGCGAGUCUACAG